ACAACAUUUAAGCAACCAAAGGUAACAAGCAUAAUAAUCGCAAAUUUAGUCUGUGAAAAAAACAGCCAGUUUAUCAUCAUACUGUAGAACACAAAUUUAUUCAAGCUCUUUAUUAGGAAACACAGAAUAUUCAUAGUCAAUUGUCUGAAGACUCUAGAAAUUUCAGGACCACAUCUCAACAUCCAUCAGUAUCUUAUCUUGGGUGUUUCUUAAAUUAAGAAGUGGAUCAUGUAGAUAUGAACAUACAGAUAGCAUUGGAACAUGUCAACUGAUGUGUGUCUACAGUUCAAUGGUCAGAGACAGUCAUUGAAGUCUAUCCUCUGUGAAAUUAAACCUGAUUUAUACACCAUGAAAGAGGGUUUGGAAAUCAUGGAACUUCAUAAAAAGUUUUAUGAUGAAGCCGACUGUCACGGACCUGCGUCUAUGCAUUCUAGUGAACCCAGGACUCUUCCGGACGGAAGGAUUUGUGUAGAGAAAUUGGGAAGUAGAGGCUCUAGUAGUGGAAUGAACAAAGAAACCAAUAGGCUGGCAACGUUUCAGAACUGGCCAGAAAACUCUCCUGUGAAUUAUCAACAUCUUGCAAGGGCAGGGUUUUACUUUACUGGUUUGAGGGAUGUAGUGAAAUGCUUCUUUUGUGGAGGUGAAGUAGAAGGAUGGGAAUAUGGGGACACAGCUAUGGGGGAACAUAAAAAACACUUUCCAACUUGUGAAUUUGUAAUUGGGAGGACUACUAGCAAUAUAUCGUUAUUGGAGUUGAAUGAGAGACCGGAGUUUGAAAGGAAACUGAGCAGUAAGAUUGAACAGUCACAAAGAGAUAUUGAAAGACGAGCAAAGGAAAAAGAAGCAAUGCUAGAAAGAAGUGACCCUAGUGAAAUGAAAAAAGAUUUAGUAAGGCCUAAUUCUGCAAGCAGUAGUUUUUCAGCAAUGAGUGAACAAAUGGAAGAGGAGGAAGAAUCACCAGCUACAUUGUUUGGAAAAUACAACCAGGAACAUGUUCGUUUGCAGUCAUUUAAAAAUUGGCCUAGGACGAGUCCCAUAGAGCCAAGAGAUUUAGCCAAGGCUGGAUUUUACUAUGUUGGGCAGGAUGAUUCUGUUCAAUGUUUUGCUUGUUUUGGUCAAAUAAGUAGAUGGAAACCAUGUGAUGUACCUGCAGUAGAACACAAAACACAUUUCCCAAACUGCCCUUUUGUGCAAGGUUUGGAUGUAGGGAAUUUACCUAUUUCAACUCCACCAGUGAUGCAUGUGGGUAUGGCGCCGCCAAUCCGUAGUUACUCGACGCCUGGACCCAGUCCAGAUCAGUUAAGAGCUGGUCAAUUUCUGCAGCAGCAAAGGAACCUUAGGGCGUCUAAGGAACCAUUGAAUAAUUGCAAACAUCCUAAUUUUGUGCAGGAAGCUGCAAGGUUAGGAACCUUUAGGAAUUGGCCAGGAAAGCUUGGCUAUCAUCAUGUGACUCCACGUGUUCUUGCCAAGGCUGGGUUCUAUUACACAGGAUUAGUUGAUGAGUGUAAAUGCUUCUACUGUGAUGGAGGGCUCAAGAACUGGGAACCCACAGAUGAACCAUGGACGGAACAUGCCAAAUGGUUUCCAAGAUGUGAAUGGCUUAUUCAACAACGAGGGCAGGCUUUUAUUACUCACGUGCAGCAGGUCAACCCUCCACCUAUCAGCUCAGGCUAUAAAACUACAACCCAAGUCAAGAAUGAGCCGGAUUAUGCUGAGACAGAUCAUCAUUAUUAUGUUCAGCCUCUAUCGUUCCAUGAUCCUCCUAUUGGAAGAGAAGAGCCAUACUCUCAAGUCCAACCACCACACAGCUUUCAAACUUCAUACCAAGAAAGACAACCUCUACCCUCUCCACCCUUGACCAGGUCAAACAAAGAGAUGACCAUUGAGGAAGAGAAAGAAGCAGCUUUGAGGGAAUAUGAAUCCAGGCACAGAGAACCAGAAGCUGCAGCUGAAUUCAAUUUCAGACCGAAGACAAAGAAGCUUGAGGAAGCAGAACCAUCUGAUUUGAAAUCAAAGCUUGCAGAUGAGAUGAGUAAUACUGCUUCGUCCAUUGAUAAUUUCAUGGAAAGCCCUACAGCUCAGAUGGCUGUUGAGAUGGGUUACCACAAUGAUCUGAUCCGCUAUGUCGUAACCAAACACUUCAAGAAGACUGGAAAGCAAUUCUCAUCAGCUGAUGAUCUUCUUGAAUCAAUCUGGGAAGCACAAGGUCAAGGGAUUGAUCCUACUCUAUCUGUAGGCAAGGCUGUAGGAGGUCAGGAUCUAGAUUACCUUAGGAAACCACCCAAGGAGCUAGAGAGUGCCGCAGCAAGGCCAUCAAGCAUUGUCGAAAUUCAGGCAUUGAAACUUGCUGGAUUGAGCAUCCAUGAUGAUGAUGAGCCACCUCCAAGAAGAAACCCAUCUCCUAAAACUGUUGCACCGGCUACUCAUAUUGGGAGCCUGAAACCACAAACUUCUGUAUCCAGUUCUGAGUCGAGUGUUCUUGAUAAGCAGCUUUGCAAGAUCUGUUUGGAUAAUGAACUCAGUACUGUAUUCCUGCCAUGUAAACAUCUUGCUACAUGUAGUGAGUGUGCAGCAAGGGUUACUGAGUGCCCUAUGUGUAGACAACCAAUCAUUGAUUCAUUAACAGUUUACAUGCCAUGAACAUAUCGCAUCAUCACAAAAAGUAACUGUGUGUAUAAACUUUAUUUAUUGAUUUAGUCAUUAAAAAAAAGAAAUUGCAAGUAAUAAACAAUGUACAUAUAUUAUAUCAGUUAUAACACAUAAUGUUUAUGUCACAAAAAGAUACAAGGAAAAAUGAUUCACUGUACACUUCUGUGCUUUUUCUAUUAUUAUCUUUCUUAUUUUAUUAUACCCAUGUGUGUGUCAGAAAUCAUGCUGCUGUGGUAACGGAAUAUUAUGUGACAAAAAUUUUUUCACAAAUUUCAGUUUCAAUUACUUCAUCAAUUUUCAACCAAUUCUUAUGAAAUUUGGCUCACACAUUGGGUUCGAGGUAAAGGUAUGAGAGACACAUAUUUUGUAUGUGUAGGGAAUUGUGUUGCCAUGGUAACAAUCAGCAGCGUACCCAGGAUUUUCCAAAAGGGGGGCAAAGGAUUUCAACCAGAAAAAAAAUUGACAAGCAAAAAAAAAAAAGAAGGUAUUCAACUGCAAAAAAAGGAGAUCUCAUACGCAGAAAAAUUGACCCCAAAAAAGGGCUUCAACCGCAAAUAAAGGAGACUUCGUACCAGAAAAAGAAUUGACAAGAAAAAAAAAGUGACGGUAUUCAACCACAAAUAAAGUAGAUUUCAUACCCGAAAAAGAAUUUACACAUAAAAAAGAAGCUAUUCAACCGCAAAUAAAGGAGAUUUCGUACCAGCAAAAAUAAUAAUUGACAAGCAGAAAAAAAGGGUCAAGCAAAAAAAAUGGGGUCUUCAAGUUCAAAAAAGAGGUAGCACAUGUCUGUUUUUCAUUGUAUUUUACAUUAUAGAUUAUUAAUUUGGCCUCUCAAAGGGGAAAGGAAGGUGCAAGUCCCCUGGAUCAGUGACUCGUGGGGGGGGGGCAGGGGUACGUCCCCUGCAUUAGUUAUCUAUUGGAUUGAACCACUUGAUUAGUUUCAACCAAUUCUCAUGAAAUUUGGCUCACAUAUUGGUCUCUAGGUAAAGGUGUACAGGACAUAUUAUUGCAUGUGUCGGAAAUCGUGUUGGUAACAAUACUUCAUCAGUAAUUCUCAUAUUUUGCUCACACAUAUAUCUUGAGCUAGUUAGGCAAGACAUAUUUUUCCAUGUGUUGGGAACUGUUGCCAUGGUAAUGGUGUAGGGUGGGGGUAUUAAUUACCUUCAGUGAUAGCUCUAGUUAUCUACAUGUAUUUACAGUGUACAACAUCAUGCAUGGAUAUCUGUAUUAUUUUGUUAUUAAAGAACUAAACCUACAUGUAUAUGAUAAUGCACACACACUAUGUUUAGUAUUGAAAAUAAAUAUACAUACACCUUUACAUGUAAUCCUGAUAUCUUUAUCUUUUAAAUGUGAAAUUUGGUAGAAAUUUUCUGCCCAAUAUUUUGAGAUAACAUUUGUUUUCAUCAGGUCAUAUACUUGGAUUAAAUAUAAAAAUCUUCAGAGCGUUUCAUGAAAGGACUUGUCAGACAUGUUUUCCGACAAUACUGUUUUAUUUGACUGUUACUACAUGUAUGGUAACAGUGACUCACAGCUAAUCAUCAUCAAGGAAAGUUGUCAGACCUGACAACUUGUCAGAUGAAAAUGUUGGUGAAAGGCUCUUCAGUAGUAUGUAUUAUAUUUCAUAUUUAUAUUGUGCUAAAGACCAUACAGUGUAUAAUAUGAAUAUAGUCAAGUAUACUACCUUUGUACUUCAUGUUUAAUAUUAUUUACCAAGUAGAAAAAGCAUGUACUUGAACUUAAAACUCUAGGAAACUAGAAUUACAACCUCUAAGUGUAUUAUCAGUUUCUUUUAUUGAUAUAAUCUGAUCUCUUUAUUGAUUAAGAUACAGUGUAUAAAGCACUAGUAAUAAUAUGUAUCAUCAUAAUGAUUAUGAUAUACUGUACAUGUAUAUGUAUGACUUCUCAAAUAGACCUUUAUGUUUUUAUAUUUGAAUAAAUACUCCUGAUACCUGAAAAUAGUAUUGGCAUAUAAGUUGCAGUUUACAUGAGUGAUAUACUGUAAUAUCCAUGGCCGUACUCAAGAUUCCUUUUGCUGGGUAGGCAGGACGCGUCAACUUUUUCAAAAAAAACUUGAAAGCGAGGGAGCAUUUUGUAAAGUGAUAUUGGUGAAUUUUGUGGAAAUUUUCAGUAAGAAAUGUAAGUUUUCAAAAAUUUCUAGGGGGACAACUGCCCCCCCUUGCUGCAUAUAGCCAUGGUAAUAUCAAUAGUUUUGUUUUUUAGUAUUUAGGGUAUGUGAUGUCUUUAGAACCAAUUCAAUACAAUUCAUUCAGUUUUGGGUUUGUUGGUUUCAGUUUUGAACAGAUAUAGGCCUACUUGUUUUCAUUCAUAUUUAAUUUUUAGUUUGAUAUGUUAUAUAUUACACUGUAUGAUAAUAAUAUUCACUGAUGUCUAAUAGAGACAUAGUUGAAUACAUUGAUCAUUGUUAAUACAACCUGUGAUGGUGGGUGUUUCAUAAAGCUGUUUGUCAUUUGAGAGCAUCAUUUAAUGGUUAUCAUUUAAUGGUUAUCAUUGACCACAAGAAAGGAUCACCAGUCGUUCUUAAAGGUGUUCAACUUACAAACAGCUUUAUGAAACACCCUCCAGGAUUGAACUAUUUCAUUGAUAGAUUUUGCAGACAGAUGAUGAGUUUAAAAAACCAUUAUGGUACAUACUUGUAUGACUGUAAAUAAUGGUCCUUACAUUUUUCUGCCAUGUUAAUAUUCUGAACCUUCAGUCUAUUUCAUUUCUAUUCAAAGAUCUUUACAGGAUAUGUCAAUACCACCGAUUGAUUGAUUCAUUAGCGUAGUUUACCUGAUAGUUAAUAUCAUUGCCACUGAUUCAUUCAUUAGUGUAGUUUGCCUGAUAGAGAUAUGUGUAUGCCUAGGUUUAUAAAAAAAUAAUUUGGUUAUAUAUGACUGAGGGUGACUUAAAUAGUACCCCCCCCCAAAAAAAAAAUAAAUAAAUAAAUAA